AAUCGUGGAGGGAAAGUGUCCGUGAUGGGAUCGAGUGAAUAAAACUACGCGUCCCAAACCUUUACGCCUUGCGCCGUUAUGUAGCUAAAUACACACAUUACUAGUCUAUAAACAACUCAGAGUUCAUAAAGUGUCGACGUCUCGGUUUUCACACACUGCGGGAGUCGCUGCGUGAUGUCGGGAGUAGCGGAACAGUCUGGACGGUCUCUGGUUUUCUUCGACCUGGAGACGACAGGACUGGGUCAGAGUUGUGACAUCAUCCAGCUGGCUGCAGUGAGCGGAGGUCACUCACUCAACCUCUAUGUCAUUCCUCGUUCUCGAAUGCAGCAAGGAGCAGCCAAAGUGACUGGUUUCAGGGUUCGCAGACAGAGGCUGUACCUCCAUCGCCAGCUUGUCCUCACCAACUCUCUGCGGGAGGUCCUUGUUUCCUUCAUAGCUUUCCUUCAAAUGCUCAGGCGCCCACUUCUCAUUGGCCACAACAUUCGUCGCUUCGACUGUCGCUUGCUGUACCGGGCUCUGGAUGAACUGGACCUCAGAGCAGAGUUUGAGUCAUCCAUCUCGGGCUGUGUUGACACUCUACCACUUGCCCGUGAGAUGCUGAAGGACCGCUGCCUCCAGAGUUUUCGACAGGAGAAUCUGGUGAAGGAGCUAUUGGAUGUGAACUACAAGGCCCAUGAUGCUUUGGAGGAUGUGCGGGCAUUGCAGGCUCUUUAUACUGUGCUACAGCCCACACAGGAGUUAGUUUGGAGGCACAUGUUUACUCCGGACACAAUGAAAAACAAGCCAGCUGCGGCAGUUGCCAAAGCUAACCUCCCCAGUAUGACGUCAGGACACCACCCACUGUUGGGGCAUUUCCCACAGACGAUAAAGGUCACAGAAGACAAAGCAGAGGAUAAUAAUUAGAACUCAGAAUCAAAAAUAAUCUUCUGUGUUUCUUGAUUGUUACAAGGGGUAAGUUAAGUAACUGUUGUCUUUCUGUCUUCUCAAACCAGACCAUUCUCUGUAAAACCUAGAGAUGGUUGUGUGCGAAAUUCUGAGUACAUCAGCAGUUUCUGGAAAACCUCAGACCAGCCCACCUGUCACCAAUAACGCUGCCAUGUUCAAAGUCAGUUUAAUCACCUUUUCUUCCCCUAUUUUGAUGCUCAGUUUUGACCUUAAGAGAUGCUGCCAUGUUAUUGAAUGAUGGAUAUUUGUGUUAACAUGUAGUUGAAAAGAUGUACUUAACAAAGUGACCGGUGAUUAUAGUUUCCAUCAAUAAGUUAUCAGACCAAGACUUUUACCAUAAAAUACCAUAAACAAAUGAGAUCUAUCAACCUACGUGAAGCCUUUACACUUGAGCCUAAAAUUCUCCUUGACCUUGCUUAUUUGAAGUCUGUAAAUAUCAGAUCGACACCUUUUAACGAGUUAUGGAAAUAAGAGACCACCACUGUGAAUCUGUUACACUUGCUGUAUAUACUGUAUAUAUAGAUCUGCACAUUUUUAUUUGAGGUAAAUAAAAUAGCUAAUAAACAUAUUUGUAUUGUCCCAUAUUUAACUCUCAAUUGCGCAUGAGUGCUUCACAACUACAGUUUGUAUUUAUACAUACAUAUUGAUAUGACUUUAUAUCAACAAGAACAUUUUACCAUUAUAGGUAUGCAGAUUAUUUGAUUAAACUGUCGGUUAAAUACCUCAGAGCUGUGAAAUCGAUCAUAAAAUUAACAAUUCAAUAAUUAUGCACUUGUAUUGAUGGUCAUUAGUAGAUAUUUUUAUUUGUGCUACGUGUAUUUAAGAACAAGACUAAUCUCAAGCAGAUUUUUGCGCAAUAAAACCAUCGAAAUGAUUCAGUAAAUGUCAUAGACGAUGCCCAUAAUGGUUUGAACAACAGGACAAAAUAAAAGAGCAAACAGUACAGUCAAGUAACGGAACAAACUUUUAUUAAACCAGUUUUACAUUCAUGUCCACUGUGGUACCAUGCUACAGCAUCACCAUAUUCAAAAAUGCUAAACCAUGCCCUCACUCCAAGAAUUAGUCAAACUUAAACACCAUGGCCUUCUUAUUUGUGUGCAUUUGAAGGAUGUGUUACAUGGGGUAAAUCCAACAAUACCUUUAUAAUAACCACUGUGCAAAGUCUGAGAAAUAUGUGGUGAAUUAAAAGUUAAAAUUUG